AACGGUAAAUAUGGGAACUAAUACCAGCUCGUUGAGACCAGAAGAAGUCGAAGAGAUGCAAAAGGGUACUAACUUUACCCAAAAGGAAAUUAAAAAGUUAUACAAGAGAUUCAAGAAGCUUGAUAAGGAUGGUAACGGAACUAUAUCAAAGGAUGAAUUUUUGAUGAUACCUGAACUUGCAGUCAAUCCCCUUGUGAAAAGAGUUAUAUCUAUAUUCGAUGAAAACGGUGAUGGAUCCGUAAACUUUAAAGAAUUUAUUGCUGCACUCUCGGUAUUCAAUGCUCAAGGUGAUAAGCAAAGGAAACUUGAAUUUGCUUUCAAAGUAUACGAUAUUGAUGGAGAUGGUUACAUAAGUAACGGAGAACUUUUCACAGUUUUGAAAAUGAUGGUUGGUAAUAACCUUAGUGAUGUACAAUUGCAACAAAUUGUCGAUAAAACAAUUUUGGAAGCUGAUGAAGAUGGUGAUGGUAAAAUUAGCUUUGAAGAAUUUGCCAAGACACUAUCACAUCAAGAUUUGGAAAAUAAGAUGACCAUUCGUUUGUAAUUUCAUUCUCCAAGAAGUUUUAAUAUCCCUAUAAAAUUUCAUAUUCAAAAAUACUUGUAUAAUAUC